CGACAAACGUCAGUCUACCAUCGCCUUCGUGAAUGCGAGCCUUGAUCUUACUAUGCUUUCUCCCAUUAUGCUACUGCCUUUUUCGUCGUAUGCAAACAGUUGGGGUGAAGGGAAAGUUCCUCUGCAAUCGCGAACCCGCUACUGGAGUGAGAAUAAAGCUGUACGAUAAGGGAAUCUUUAUUGACACAAUGCUGGACGAAGUGGGACUGGAUAACACGGGGUCCUUUAAGAUUUCAGGCAGUGCUAAGUUGUGGAUCAAAAUGAAUCCACGACUCGAUAUCUAUCAUAGAUGCGAUUAUAAAGGGGCUUGCUACAAGAAAUUCACAAUGGAGAUUCCAAAAGCGUACAUAGCAGAUGGAGAAAAAGUGAAACAGUACUUCGACAUUCAUUCCUUGGAGCUAACCUGGAAGAGAAAGGGAGAAACAGAAGAUUGCAACAAUGGAUGGAAUAGAUAAAUCAAAUAAAUAAAUCGCACG